GGUGAAUGUAAAGAAUACAUGAAGAAAUAUAUGAACUGCUUGAAGAAAAACAACAAUGACAACCAUAAGUGCAGAACAGAGUCAAAGGAUUACCUUCAGUGUAGGAUGGACAGGUACCCUGUGAGAUAAUUUGGGUAAUUUAUUGAUUUUACAGGGAUACCAAUAUAAAUAGAUAAAUGAAUGAGUCAGUCAGUCAGUCAGUCAGUCAGUGAAUGAAUGAAUGAGUGAAUGAAUGAAAGAAUGAAAGAAUAAAAUGUAGGGGGCCCAUGUACAGUGUGGGGCCAUAAAUCAUCAAAUUACCAAACGUGUCAACAUUAUUUAUAUACUACAUUUCGAAGAUUUUAAGAAAUCCGUAUCUAAUCAAAUUUUAACCAGCUUUUGCAAAUCAGGCGAGAACAAUGGAUUUUCUUAACUGGGUAAGGUUUUUUAAAACCACCACACAGGGUAGUUUAUUGCAGGUCUUUGAGUAACAUAACUGUAUCAAUCAAUCAUCUUCACCUAUGUGUAAGAAUUUUCCACACAAGCACUACAGUUUCGACGAUUCUGAAAACUACACCUUUCACCUAGCAUCCAAGUCCACCUUUUCAUUCUUAACACGAUUAUGUCUAGUCUUGCACUAAGUCUACACCUUGUUAUUAGGAGCAAGGGGUAAAAUUAUGUCGCACGCAAAGUGAGCAUUGGAUCUGAACAGUAAAACAAAUCCAUGCAACUUUGAAGGUCUUGGGAAAUUGAGUACAGUUGCUUAUUUAAAUAACCCAGUUAAACUAUUCUAACCAGGUUACAAAUAAUUAGAGGAAUUUUUUACCAGGUUAUUAAAAAACUAAGCUGAUUGCUAAGUUUGGCCACAGCGAAUGUAAACUUGCAGAAAAAAUUCAGCUGAAACACCUAAAUAAAUAUUGCACUUAACCUUUAGUAUCUUCGAAUUUCAAAAAAAUUAUUUUGAUAACUUUACCAUCUUGAAACAUUGUCAGAGACUCAGUAUCAGUCGGUCAGGUCAGGAGGAAUAAUGCAUGUGUAAUGCCAAUCCUCCUGUCCUGACUGACUGUCACUGAGUCUCUGAGAAUGCGCUUCAGCUAUAUUUAUUUACUAUUUAGGUGACAUGUUGAGAGUGAUUGCUGGGACUAUUCCCCUUACAUGAUACAAGUUAGAAAUAGCAGUUACCGUAAAAUUUCAAAAUAAGCCCUGGAGCUUUUAUUUUCCAAAGGCCCUUUUUGAGGGGCUUAUUUUUUGAGGGGCUUAUAUUUGGAGGGGCAAUAUUUAACAGAGGGUUUUUUGCGUUACCAGCUUGGGGGGCUUAUAUGUGGAGGGGCUUAUUUUCCGAAUUUUACGGUAAUCUGCUUCAGGUAAGAAUAGCAAGAAUGGCUAUAAUUUUAUUUUACUGUUUACUUUGUAGACAACUUAUGGCAAAGGAAGACUUUCGAAGACUUGGGUAUUCUGAGGAUUCCAGCUCAAAGGGUGAUUCUGCAAAUUUGGGAAACUAAAGAACUAUGGAAUAUUUGUCAAGCUGACGGUAACUGUGACGGUAGCAGCUAGAGGUGCAUAGUUUCUGUGUACCUGCAUGGCAAUGUUCCAUUAAGUGCUCCACUUUUCCUUCAUCACAUUGGAGUGAUUUAUCAUUGAUUGCGGUAUUAUAUGGUUGGCUCCAUGAGUUGGCGAUAUGAAGCAAAUCCUAUGUUUUGACUGGCAGCAGUUACAGUUUUCACAUGUGAUAAACAAAAAAUAGCUGAAAGAACAUAAAGAAGGUUUACUUACUGGGCAUUUGCAUUGUUUUCAGCUUUUCCAUAAAUUACCUUUCAUUCCUUUUCUUUAGGGAAAGUUCAUUUAAUAUGAAAUGAAGAACAUAAAGAAGGUUUUUUUUAGAGCCCCUCCUUGGUAGUCUUACUGAAAAAGAUCGGCUGUAUUUUUACAUUGUUUUCAACAAACUUGAGAUACUUUUCCAAAGGAUUUUAAAACAAGAGUUACCUUUACAUUUGUUUUUCUUUAUAUAGUUUUUGCUAUUUUGUUUUUAUGAUGUCAUUGUGGUUUUGAAGUGAAAUUUGCAAACAAUUUUUUCAGAGCCCCCCCUCAAUAUCUUCAUCCCCCCCUUGUCAUAUUAAAUGAACUUUCCCUUAGUUUUCUAUUUUGUUUUUCUUGUAUUGAUCUGCAACAACUUGGCCAAUAUCCAGCCAUAUUGACCUAAUGUAAUACUUGGUAAUGACAACUGUAGUCUUUUGUACUUCAUAUUUUUCUGUUUUAUAUCCUGUUUGCUACUGUAGUCACACAGGCUUGUUACUAGAUCCAUACUCAGUCCAUUUAACAGCUCUAAGAUCACCAACAUUUUUAUGCUAAUAAGAUCACUAUAGAUAUUAAAGAAAGUAAGUAAUCCCUCGAGACCUUGAAUUAAGAGUUUGUGCAACUUACUAUUUAAGAUACAUGUACACUGUACUACGAAAGUUAGUCUACAAAUACAUAACCCAAUAUGAGCUUUCUUUGAUAAAUUAAUGCAGUUGAACCUUUGUAUUUUAACUGGUUGUUAUGUUCAGCUUUAGCCACCUUGACCUUAUUGUUACUUUGCAAAAUUUACAUCUUUGAAAAUACAACUGAUCCAUCAACACUAAAAACAUCAUAAGUUUCAUUUCUUACCUGAUGAAUCCAUUUUAUUAUUUUAGGUGUCAAUAUAUUUAGCUCAAAAAACAUGUUACUGAGGACAAUGUUUUUAUGUUCCCUACUAAAGAUAGUAUUUCUAUGUGGUCAUCCUUAUCAUGCAGAUUUCGAGCCAUUUGUGGGGCAAAGGACUCGAGUGUUAGUCUUGCUCAAGAAAUCAAAACUUUGACCUCCUACUUUGCAGGCCAGCGCUCUGCUAACUUAUCUAACCAUAAAGAACACUUUUACUGAUGAAAUGAUGUCAUUUAACUUUGCUAGACUGUUCCUAGCUCCUGCAAAGUUUUGAACAUCUCUUGUCCUCAAAUUGUGCUUUUGAAAGUAUGCCAAAGCUCGGAGGAACGUCACUGCUACACUGGAAACAAAAACAAUUGCAGUUCUGUUUAACCAGUGGGGUUUUCUAGGGGGAGAUGUCAGAAAAUACAUAGUUCAGUAACAAAUAAAAAGAGGGUGAGAGAGAGUGAAAAAAGGAUAAUCUUCCUGGUCCUCUCCUCCUCUCUGUUUUCCUCUGAGGUCCUUUGGCCAAGUUUUGUUUAGCUUUAAUUCGUUUUCUUUAAUAGUGGUGACCAGAACAACAGCAACAACAACAACCUUUAUUAUUACAGAGGCCCUGCCAGGGGGGGGGUGGGUCCCAUGUAUCCCAUCUGAAUUUUAAAACGUCUCGUGUCGGUGUUUAUAAAUGCUUGUCGCUUAUUGUCGGCUUUGCCGUCACUGUCGCAAUUUGGCCGAGGGAGGUUGUCCCUUGUCACAAUUUCAUUUUACGCGCUGUCGCUACUUUUUGGGCGAUGUCGCUUUUCGGAAUUUACCCUGGCAGGACCUCAUUACAUCCAACUAGAGAAUGCUACAUUUUUUCGAUUGCUAAUGGAAAGAAAAGAAGAAAUUGUUUCAGUGAUACAUUAUGAUAGCAAGGAUGUCUAGGAGCUAAAUUAACAAACCUUAUUUUUCGUGCUAACUACUAGCUAUAAAAUGAUAUUUUUAACACAGUGGUGACAGGUAAAAUAGUAGCAAAGAACAAAAC